UUAAUUCACAUGUAGGUUAGACGCAGCGCCGGGGGGUCGUGAAUGUAAUCUGGUCCACCCGUUUGCGAAGCGAGAGCCCUCAUCACUACUUUACCACAUCAAGCAUAAAAAUCAAAUAUGCUCACAAUUCUGCGCGGGUGCUCCAAAAUUCAUUUCAACAUGCGGCUUUCUGCAGUGGCCGUCGUUACUACCAUCCUUCUAUUCCCCUUUUAUGAAGUUGUUGCUGAUUGUGGAAGCACCGCAGCUGAUAUAGUUUUCAUUCUGGACUCCAGCGGAAGUGUAGGGGCAGGCAAUUUCCAAACAAUGAAGAAAUUUUUCAAUGGAAUGGUGGAUGGAUUUCAGAUUGGUAGAAACAGAGUCAGAAUCGGAUCAGUCCCGUACAGUAGUUCGGUACACAACACAUUUCAGCUGAACUCUUAUAUGUCAAAAUCUGAAUUGAAAAAGAAAAUUUCAGAAAUUCCGUAUGAUUCUGGGGGUACAAACACGGCAGAUGCUAUUAAAUAUGUUCGAAUCAUCAGCUUUUCGAGGUCUUACAGUAGAUCUAGUGUUGCCAAAAUUGCCGUGAUUAUAACUGACGGAAGGUCAAACGACAAAUCUAAGACCUUAUCGGAAGCCCGAGCCUUACGAAACAGUGGGGUCACCAUAAUCUCUGUUGGUGUGGGUGAUGGAGUGGAUGCCUCUGAACUUCGAGGAAUGGCAUCGAAAGAAAGUUACGUGUUUGAUGUCUCCACUUUCAGAGCCCUGGAUAGUAUUCGAAAAAAACUGACUGAGACAACAUGUGAAGUUAUGGCUUGUGGCAACCCUGGAUCACCAGUUCAUGGCUAUUUACAUGGGAGAGAUUUUUCGCAUGGGACUUCCGUGACUUAUAGUUGUAUUAAAGACUACAAACUCUUCGGCGAUGGAAAGAGGACUUGUCAAAAAAAUGGAGUAUGGACUGGAAGUCUUCCCAAAUGCAUAUUUGCGAACGCAUGUAGAAGUAGCCCAUGUCAAAAUAAUGCCACUUGUGGAAACGUAGGAAGCGAUUUCAACUGUAACUGUGUCAAUGGCUUCACAGGUGCUCACUGCGAAAACGAUAUUCAACCACCAGUUGUCAAAAACUGCCCUUCAGAUAUACGAAUGGCGUCAUCAUCACGGUUUGUCAGCGUCACGUGGCAAAAACCUGAAUUCUACGAUCCAUUCAACCAUGAAGUACAAGUUACCUCUAACUAUCCGAAUCAUGGAUCCUCCUUUCCUUGGGGAAACUACAUUGCUAAAUACAACGCUCUGAAUUCUUUUAAUGGUCUCAAAUCCAACUGUACUUUUACGAUAAUAGUACGACCCAAACCUUGCAAAAAUCUUACUGCUCCCAAGAAUGGUUAUCUAGCGUGUAAUGGGUGGGAUACAGAAUUCACUCGUGUAUGUAUAACUUUCUGUAAUGGGAGAACCAUCAUGGAUUCCAGUCAUGACAUCCGGACAAAAUACGUUUGUGGUGGAAGUGGGAAAUGGCUUCCUGCGUAUACAGAAAACCCACCCUCUUGUGAAUUUAGUCGGGUUAGGCCACGGAAGAACACUGCCUUCUAUUAUGUGCGCAGGAAAUACGUAUUGAAUCAAAUUAAGAAGAAGUACAUUACCAUUCUCAAGAUAUCCGCCUUUAAAUCUCUUUGUGGAGGAAUGUGCAAGGAAGAAAAUGUCGAUGUUCUGCGUUGAGGAGUGCUAAACAGUUUUCUCUGUAAAAUAACUAGCAAUUUCUAUCCACGUGCAUAACAGUUAAUACUUGUGUGUUUAUAGUAAAACCUUAUUUAAUGUAAGAUUUGCAUGCACCACUUUUAUGAGGUAAACAUGUAUGUAUGAGUCCCUUCUGUUCGAUUUAUUUUGUUUAUGUAAAUAUCAAAUUGUCUAAUAUGUUGACACUGCUACCGUAAGGGAGGGGGAGUUGCAAGUACGUACAUGUAUAUACAAGAAAAUCCACAAUACAAAAUCUUUUCCUGGGAGGGGGUUACCGCGUACGUUUCCCCCAAUCUAUUCUUGGGAGUAAUACGUAGUAUUUUACAUAAGUGCAUACGAAUAGUCAAAUAUAUUUAUUUUCUACCAUUUUGUGGGUGGGGGUGGGGAAAUAAAAUGUUUAAUUAGGGGAAAAUAAUUAUAAAUUCACAGUCAUAAUAAUCGCACAAUAGAAUAAAAUUAUGUUUAUAAAUAUAUCAUAACGAAAAUUGCUAUGUAUCAAACAGAUAAUAGAAUUCUGAUAUAUGGGGAAGGAUAAUGAAUGAAUGGACAUUGGCAAAAUAAUGGGAAACAAAAAUCAUAGUACGAUGCUGAACAAGAGUGUAUGAACUUUUCACCGUGAGUUUGUUUAUAACUUGUUUACAGGAUCAUGAGGAUGAAUGCGAUUUCAGAGGAUAUGUGUAACCAAUCGGAGUGUAAGAAAUCAGUGACCAGAGGUCAAGCAUUUGUCUAUAUUAUUUACAAGAAACAAGAAAUUAUCCAAAAAUUAGAAGUGAAGUUGAGUGCGCAAUGCUAAAUUACAGAUUUUUCAAGAAAAGAAUUGUGUUUGCUUUGAGUCUGAAUUAAAAGCCAAUGUUAGUAAUGUUGACUUUUAAGACGUGUCAAAUAUGGUAUGGAAUGUUGGAGGAUGUACGGGGGUAUAGAUGCGAGGAACAGAGACAUAGUUCUUCAGUAGCCGAUACAGAACUUUGUCUCUGCCCUUUCAUUUGUACAGGUAAGAUAUUGAGUAUACUUGCGCAUUUCUGAAAUAACUUUUCAAUUUUUCAGAUGGCUUAGUUAAUUUUUGUGUGAACUUUUAUAAUAAUGUUUGUAAAUAUUAUUGUAUAUUGUGUAAUAUGGAUUGUAAUCAAUAAUUAAAAUGAUGAAUUGUUUUUUCAAUAAAAGAGUAGCCGAUACAGAA